AUUGGGAAGGUUGCUUUAUGCAAUAGACUUAAUAGCUAAUUUGGUAUGAUGCAUUAGAAACUGUACGUGGUGAAAAUUUUGCAAUAACCUUUUUUGUGUGACGUAAGGAUUUUUUCUAAUGUCUUGUAUACCAUUUUCCCUGGUGUACUUCUGGCAUGGCAAAGCAAGUAUAUAGUUUUAGCAGAUUUAGAUUUUUAUGUAAUCGUUGUUAGCUACCUUCGGUUUUGUUAGACCUUUUGCAUUUUUAUUUUAUUUUAUUUUUAAUUUGUUGUUGGACCUGCUUAUAUUUUUAACGUUCUGUAUAAUGCAGAUUGUGAGCAACCUCAAUCCCAGGGCUUUUUUUUCUCUUUCAUUAUUAUUUUUUCAUUGCUGCACAUGUUUAUUUUUUUAGACGUUUUGUUUCAGCAGUUAUAAACAUUAAAAUAAUGCAAAUUGUGACACUUAAAAAUUCAAAUUCCUAUGUUCUAUGUUUUUAUUUAGCAGAUUCAGUGGAUUCUUCUACGGGAAUUCGGCUAGUAAACAAUUAUUACUACAUUAUCUUCUGCACAUCCUCAAAAAUGCUAAAAAUUGGUAUAUGGCAAAAUUGCCAUAUUCUGAAUGUUAUACCUUCAGAUAAUCUUCAGAUCUCUUCAAAUUUCAACUUUGGCAAGUCAGUGAACUCAAUGUUACUGUUAAAUACAGGAAAAACCAGCAAAUUUUAAUAAACAACUACACCAAAAUGGCUUUCAGACAAGGCCAAAAAUCUUUUUGGUGAAAUUGGUAUGUGACUUUAUGCCCAUGGUAACCUGUUGCUUAGCAAUAUUUUGUUUGGAAAUAUUCCAUACGAAGCUACUGAUGAACAAUUGAAGGACAUAUUUAGUCAAGCUGGACCUGUUUUGAGUUUCAGGCUCGUGUAUGAUCGUGAAACAGGUAAACCGAAAGGUUAUGGCUUUUGUGAAUACAAGGAUACUGAAACAGCCCAAAGUGCUAUGCGAAACUUGAAUGGUACAGAAAUCCAUGGUCGACAGUUACGAGUGGAUAGUGCUGCAAGCCAAAAGGGUCCUGAAGAUCCACGAGCAUUCAUCAAAGAAAUCUCCCCCUAUGGACAAGCAGUUAAUCCAAAUAAAGCUCCAGAGACAAUAACAAAUGCAGUUGCAAGUUUGCCACCUGAACAAAUGUUUGAACUGAUGAAACAAAUGAAGCUUUGCAUCCAAAACAACCCUGAGGAAGCACGUCAAAUGUUACUGCAAAAUCCGCAGCUUGCCUACGCAUUACUUCAAGCACAAGUUGUCAUGAAGAUUGUUGAUCCAAAAGUUGCCGAUGCAAUCCUACACCAGCAAAGAGGAGAACCACUACCAAUUAACAAAUUAAUGGAUACGGCUGGUAUUGGACAAGGAGGUCUAGGGGGACAUUCGGCUCCCUUGCAACACGGACCUCCCCCACAUAAACCAGAUGUGUGGAGAGGAGAUGUGCCACCACCACACGACAUAGGACAUCCCAGGGGUGAUAUGUUUAGGGGAGAUAUGCGUAGUCACCCUCCACCUAUAAACGAGUUUGGUCGUCCGCCUAUGGAUCGAGACAUGAGGGGACCUCCGCCAGAUUUCCGUGGACCAUCUUCGAUGGACGAAAGAUUUCUUGAUGGUCCUUGUCAACCGCCUCAGUUUGAUCCUCGCGACCGUCCUUCAUUGGAUAGAAUGCCAGGGGAUCCAAGGGAUGGGUGUGGCCCUCCGCCACCCCAAAUGAUGGACCAUCGGGAUCCACGCAUGAGGGUUGAUGAGAGAGGGCCACCAAGAGACGAAAGAGGACCACCACCCAGAGAUGAUCGAAUGUUACCCAGAGGUCCACCUCCACCUCGAGAUCCGCGUGGUACAAUGCCCCCUGAUAGUAGGGCAGGUCAAAUGCCUCCCGAUAAUAGAGAUUCACGGAGCAGGCCUCCUCCAGUUCAUGGCGGGGAUCCUAGUUUUAUGUCCCCUACCAAUCACGUAGGACCUGUUCCACCUGGCCAUAACGGGCCACUACCAACACUAAAUGGCCCGCCUCCGCCUGGACAGUUUGAUCAACGCCGUGAUGCUCCACAAUUCCCUUCAGGGUUAGGAAAUUUGUCUGGUUCUGGAGGUUCAGGUGGACCUAAUGAAGAGGAAAAACAACGUUUAAUCAUGCAAGUUUUAAACCUGACGGAAAGUCAAAUCAACAUGCUGCCUGAAGAUCAAAGAGAAAGCAUCAGAUUGCUCAAAUCCCAAUUUGCUAACACUCGCCAAUAGAAUAUUUUUUGAGAUUCAACACUGUACUCCAAUGAAAAACCGUCAACCGGUUCCAAUUUUAUUGAAAAUGUGUGUAAAGUAAACUAAAAAAUUGUUUCAUAAACCAUAA